CUCAGUUUUCGACUCACUUCCAAAGCGCACACACAGCGUAGUACACCAAAUAUUUGUGUGCCCCAGAAUUCGUUCAAAUAUUUGUUUUGCUGCAAUGUGCUGAAAAUUCCAAAAAAGAGGCGAAAAAUGUGGCAUGGAAUUAUUGUGCUGUGCUGCAUGUGGAGUGCAUUUUUGUUGCACGAAACUCUGCAACAAGAAAUCAACAUUGGCGCCUUUUUCUAUGACAAUGAACUGGAGCUGGAAAAGGAAUUUCUGGCUGUGAUAAAUACCAUUAACGGACCUGAAGCGGAACAAACUUUAAGAUUUAAUCCGUUGAUAAAACGCCUGAAGCCGGAAGAUAGCAGCGUUAUUCUACAGGAAUACGCAUGCGAUCUCAUAGAUAAUGGUGUCGCAGCUAUUUUCGGACCAAGUUCACAGUCGGCCAGCGAUAUCGUUGCCUUAGUUGCGAACAAUUCUGGCAUACCGCACAUAGAGUUCGAUGUGGCCGAUGAGGAGUAUAUGGAGGAGAAGCCCAACCAUCAGAUGACCCUCAAUAUGUAUCCCUCUCUACUGAUACUCUCGAAGGCCUACGCGGAUAUAAUUCACAAUUUCGGCUGGCGCAAAUUCACAAUAGUCUAUGAUGCAGAUGAUCCUAGGGCUGCUGCUCGAUUGCAAGAUCUGCUGCAGCUGCGCGAGGUGCACAGCGAUGUGGUGCGCGUCCGCAAGUUUCAGAGGGGCGACGACUUUCGUGUCAUGUGGAAGAGCAUAAAAGGAGAGCGCCGUGUAGUGCUCGACUGUGUGCCCGAUAUGCUCGUGGAGCUGCUUAACUCUUCAUCAGAAUUCGGACUGACGGGACAGUUUAAUCACAUUUUUCUUACCAAUCUGGAGACGUACAACGAUCACUUAGAGGAGCUAACUGCAGACAAUGAGACAUUUGCUGUGAAUAUAACAGCAGCUCGCAUGCUGCUCAAUCCAGCGCCGCCUCCGCACGUUCAGCUGUAUGGCUAUGUGACGCAACGGGAUAAUAUUGUCUCGGAGAACAAUGAGCCACCGCGCACUAUACUGCACGACCUGCUCUACGAUGGACUUCAGCUGUUUGUGCAGGCCUGGCGAAAUGCUUCCUACUUCUAUCCGGAUCGCAUGAUGGUGCCGCGCAUGAAUUGUGAGUCGGCCGCAGCAGGCGGCCGCGUUUGGCAGAUGGGUCGCUAUUUGACGCGCCUAAUGAAGGGGACUUCCGGCGUGGGCAACACAAACUUUCGCACCAGCCAUUUACAAUUUGACGAGGAUGGACAGCGGAUUAACUUCAAUAUUGAAAUUUAUGAUCCCACCGACAACAUAGGUGUGGCCGUCUGGGAUACGAGGGGCCAAAUCACACUUCUCGACGUCGAGAUGAAGGUGCAGAAGAAAAUUGUUUAUCGAGUUGCCACACGCAUCGGUCCACCCUAUUUCAGUCGCAACGAAACGGCCAUGGAGCUAAAUCUAACGGGCAACGCCAUCUAUCAGGGCUAUGCGGUGGACCUUAUCGAUGCCAUUGCCAAAGAGGUGGGCUUCGAGUAUGUCUUUGUGCCGGUUGCUGAUCAGCAGUACGGCAAGCAGGACAAGGACACCAAACAAUGGAACGGAAUCAUUGGCGAAAUUAUCAAUAAUGACGCCCACAUGGGCAUCUGCGACCUGACCAUUACUCAAGCACGUCGCACUGCGGUGGAUUUUACGGUGCCGUUUAUGCAGCUGGGCGUCAGCAUUUUGGCCUACAAGAGUCCGCCCAAGGAGAAGGAGCUGCACGCCUUCUUAGAGCCCUUCGGCGGCUCGGUCUGGGUGUGGAUUCUCAUCUCCGUGUUUGCCAUGUCAUUUCUGAAGGUGAUCAUAGCGCGCAUUGCCAAGGCGGAAUGGGAGAAUCCGCAUCCUUGCAAUCGUGAUCCGGAUACGCUGGAGAAUCAGUGGCACCUGCACAACACCUUCUGGCUGACCGUCGCGUCGAUCAUGACGGCUGGCUGCGAUAUCCUGCCGCGCAGUCCGCAGGUGCGUCUCUUCGAGGCCACCUGGUGGAUCUUUGCCAUCAUUAUAGCCAACUCGUAUACGGCCAAUCUGGCUGCCUUUUUGACCAGCUCCAAGAUGGAGGGCAGCAUAACGGACCUCAAGAGUCUCAGCUCCCAGAAGGCUGUCAAAUUUGGCACCAUUUACGGUGGCAGCACCUACAAUCUGCUAGCGGAGUCCAAUGAAACGGUUUAUCGCCUGGCCUUCAAUCUGAUGAACAACGACGACCCCUCGGCCUACACCAAGGAUAACGAUGAGGGCGUCGAGCGCGUACUGACCAGCAUGGGUGACUACAUGUUCCUAAUGGAGACAACUACGCUGGAGUACAAUCGCGAACAGCAUUGCGAUCUGCGCUCCGUGGGCGAGAAAUUCGGCGAGAAACAUUACGCGAUUGCCGUGCCCUUCGGGGCGGAAUAUCGAUCCAAUUUGAGCGUGGCAAUCUUGCGUUUGAGCGAACAGGGCGAGCUUUACAAUCUGAAGCAAAAAUGGUGGAAGAACUCGAAUUUCACGUGCAUGGAGGAACCCGAUCCGGAUGCCACACCCGACAUGAACUUCGAGGAGCUGCGCGGCAUUUUCUACACUCUCUACGUGGGCAUUCUGAUUGCCUUCAUCAUUGGCAUCAUCGAAUUUGCGGUCUAUGUGGGGCAGGUGGCGCUCGAUGAACGCCUCACCUAUAAGCAAGCUCUCAUCAAGGAACUGCGCUUCGUGCUCUGCGUGUGGAACAACAAGAAGCCCAUUGUGAGUGGCACGCCCUCGCCCAGCUUGGCCACCUCCACGCCACGUCCAUCGAUGCAGAAGUCGUUGGAGCCCACACCGAAGUCGUCGCGUCGCAUUGUCCUGGGCCGUUCGUCGGAGGAGAUGCGCGAGCUGCCGCUGCCCUCGCAGGGGGGAAGCCAUAGCCGUAGCCGUAGCCGGGAGCAGGAGGCGCGCGUCUGAUGUUUGUCCAGUUGUUAACUGUUAUUUUGAAGUGCUCUUCAGUUAUUUGCAAUAAAGGCCACGCCCACCGCAUUUUCAGCGCGUAAUCAA